AUGCUUCUUCAAUCUGCCUCAAACCUUCUCCAUGAAAGCCCCCUACUGGUUUUCUCCACCGCUAUUUUUCUUUUACUUGUUAUGCAAGUAGUUCGUGACCUCUUCAUCAACCCUCUCACCAAAUACCCUGGGCCGUGGUUUGCCGGUGCAUCACGCAUACCCCAACUCUACCAUACAUUUAAAGGCGACCUUAUCCAUUGGGUUACUAGCCUCCAUGUUGCUUACGGCGAUGUAGUUCGUGUGGCACCAGAUGAGUUGAGCUACGCAUCUGGUGACGCAUGGAAGGGGAUAUAUGGUCACGCCGCUGUAGGAAAAAAGGUCACGGAAAAAGACACUCGAUUCUAUGGCCCUUCGUUCAAUGGAGCUCCAGAUAUCAUUCGUGCGAAUGGACCUGAUCACUCUCGGUUCCGUCGCAACUUUUCGCAUGCCUUUUCGGAUCGCGCACUUCGCGACCAGCAAAGUUUGAUUUGCAAUUAUGUCGACAUGUUGGUCGAGACCCUGAAAGCCAAAAUUAAGAAAGAUUCCAAGGAGAAGGUAAACAUGGUCCGCAUGUUUAACUUGACGACUUUUGAUAUCAUGGGUGAUUUGACCUUUGGUGACUCCUUGGAUCUUCUGCUGGGAACCGGCGAUACGAAUUGGGUCUCCGCAGUUUUCUCUAGCAUGAAGACUAACGCUUUGCGUAGACUGGGACGCUAUUGGCCUUGGACCGCUUUCAUUGCUCAGAAUUUUAUCCCUCGGGUGUUGAAGCAACAGGCUAUCGCUCAUUAUAAAGCCUCUCAGGCUCGUGUUGAUAAAAGAAUCGAUCAUAACCCUGAUUUGAAGAAGCCUGAUAUCUGGGGUAUUGUGAUGAACCAAAAGGAGGAUCUUCGGCUCAGCCGUACGGAAAUGUACGCCAACUCACAAGUCUUCAUGGUUGCUGGUACCGAGACUACUGCGACUACACUCAGUGGCCUGCUAUAUAAUCUUCUCAUGAAACCCGAAACAAUGGACAAAAUUGUCGAGGAGAUUUUGGACACGUUCGAGAAGGACUCGGAUAUUGAGAUGAGACCCUUGGAGCAUAUGAAAUAUCUCAAUGCGUGUAUUGAAGAGGCACUACGUGUCUACCCUCCAGUUCCAGUUGGUCUGCCUCGUAUCACGCCCGAUGACGGCUUACUCAUUUGUGGAAAGCAUGUCCCAGGAAAGACUGCAGUAUCGGUCAAUCAAUGGGCCACAUAUCAUAGCCCCAAAAACUUCAAGCAUGCCGAUGAUUUUAUUCCUGAGCGUUGGAUCGACAGUGAAUUCGCCUCUGAUAACAAGGCGUCCUUCCAACCAUUCUCGUUUGGUCCUCGUAACUGCCUCGGAAGAAAUCUGGCAUACCACGAGAUGCGUCUCAUUCUUGCUAAGGUGCUAUAUAAUUUUGAAUUCACCCUUGUCCCGGAAUCAAUCGGGUGGGAAAAGCAGAACACAUUCUUUCUUUGGGAGAAGAACGAGCUUGUUGUUCAAUUAAAAGUCAGGGAGGCUCGAAGAUAG